GAAGAGUAAAUAAAGAUUAAAUUCACUCACUUGCCACUCAAGCAAAUAUAGCUCUUUCCUUCAUCUGAGACUCGCCGCACAACCAUUACCCCUGCACUACCGCACCGCUCCACCACACCACCGCCCGACGUUCUCCCUCUCUCCGUCCACUCCUUUCUUAGUCAAACCUCGCACUGUCCUUCUCUCUCAACGUUCCUCUCAGUCUCUCCUACGAACUUUUUCAUUUUUACAGCAAGACAAUAUUGGAUAUUUCUAUUUGUAGGGGGAGGAGCCUCUGGUUAGAUUUUCGAAUUAGUGUUAAAGAGCUGAAAUUCGAUAAACCCAGAUACAUCACUUCCUUGAUAAAAACCUAAAACAAAUCAUCAGAGCCAUUUUUUCAUUCUUGAAACACACUUUCUCUUCAAAAUGUGCUUAUCUUCCCUUCACGGACGGUUAAGAGCUGUAAAUUCAUAAAUACCUUGGUUGCAGCAGGUUUCAAAAUCGCCUAGGAACUUCAAAAGGGGGUUAGACGGAUCGCCUGAGAUGAUACUCACAUCUCCGAUAAAGAACAGGAAAUGAGCCACUCAAGUGAGCCCCUAUUAAGUGUCAAGGAAGUGGAUGAUAAAGAACAGCAGCGUGCACCACUAAUUUCACCAGAAUGUAGCAAGCUGCAGGAUGCUCCAUCUGAAAUGCCUUUACUUGGAUUCUUCAAUUCUCGUGAACAUUGUGAAGAUUUAACUUUAAAAUCUACUUCAGAUUUUCAUGAUCAAGUCAUGAAUUCAGUUGGCAAUGCUGAAUGCUUCUUCGACAACCAUAUAGAGAAAAAUGAUUCUCCGGUAGGUGAUGAUUUAAGUGCAUCUUUUGCUUCUGUAGCUGUUGAAGCCAAUAAUUCAAACAGGUGCUCUGAGCUUAUCAGAGGUGGCAGCCCAAUUAGGCUUCUUCAAGACUAUGUUUCUGAUGACUGCUCAGAAGAUAAUCAACUCUUGCAUGAGGACAAUAAGUCCUUGCCAUCAUUUAUAGAAGGCGCUUCAAUUCAUAGUGGAGAUACUAAUUGUUUGGAGAAAGAAGCGAGUUCAAAGAGACAGCACAGUAUUGGAGAAAAUGAAAAGGAUUCUGGACGCCUAUCUGAAUCCAGCCUGUUUGAAAAGGCGGCAGAUUGUUCCCAAGAUUUGCAAGGAGAGGUAAAGGAUGCUGAUGUGGUAUGUAUCACAACUGGAAAAACUGAUGAUCAAGUUAUUUCUAAGAGGGCUAAGAAUAAAGAAAAUGAGGAAAAAAAGGCAAACUUAGAAUCUACUUCUUUGAAAGUAGAUGAGUUUGGGAGAUUAUUUAGAGAAGGUUCCAGUGAUAGUAACUCAGAUUCAGCAUAUACUAACAAGCAUGGUAGAAGAGAAAAGAGGGGCAGAAGUCAAAGUCGCAGUCAAUCACCUCUAAAUAAGAGGACAAGGAGUUCACGGCAGAGAAAAGCGAAACGAAGUCGAUCACGCAGCUGGUCUCCUAGGAAGCGCAGAAGCAGGAGCCGAUCUCCACAAUACAGGCGUGCAGGUGAACACGCUGGGGAGAAAUUGAGAUCAAACAGGGGUCGCAUUCCAGAAUGCUUCGACUUCCUUCGAGGCAAGUGCAUCCGAGGAGGAUCCUGUCGAUUCAUGCACCCUGGAGUUGACAAAAAUGACAAUUCAAGGUGCAGUAGGAGAAAUAAGAUGAAUCCAGAGGUUUCAUCUAAUUCAAAAAAGGAUAAGAGAGAUGACAAAACUAAGAAGUUGCUUCCAGAGCGAAUGAGCAGGGAAACCCAAAUUCAAGUAGAGCAAGACGAAAAAGUUGAUUGGAAAUACAAUGAUAAUUUCAUUAGUUCUGAUCUGGUUAGAUGUUGUAGCCCGGGCAAGGUAGCUGAUACACUGUUGGAGAAGCAAACAAUUCAAGAAAAGUCAGCUAAGACAAAUCCACAAAUCCUUGAUCACAGAACAUUUAUGGAGUCUCACCAGCCAUCAUCAAUUGAAAUUCUUCCCUCUCAGUUUGUUAGUGGUACUACUAAUGUGAAUCCAUGUGAUAAUACUUCCCAUGAGGUGGUAGCUUCGGUGAAAACCUUUAUCCAUCAACCUCAUCGUAAUACUUCAGUUGCAGAAGUUCAAAAUACUAAAUAUCUAUCUCAUCGAAUGGAUGAUUCAUCUGUGUUUGAUGCAUCACCAACCAAUACAUCCACAAUUUCUCUAAAGAAGUUUUCUGACAGUGAUUUCUUUCCAAUUAACAUCCUACCAACUCAAUCAUUGCCUAAUGCAAUUUCACGUCAAUCAAACUUGCCUGAAUCUGUAGCCUUGCCAUUCACUGCUCCUAAAGUGCCAUCUUCUCCUAGUCAACACCAGUCCCCGCAGCCUCCCCCGCCCCCUUCUACCUAUUUUGGUCCACCUAAUCAGCACCAAUCCUUGCAGCCUCCCCCUCCCCCUUCUACCUAUUCUAGUCCACCUAAUCAACACCAAUCCUUGCAGCCCCCCCCUCUCCCUCCCCCACCUCCUUCUACCUGUCCUGAUCCACCUAAUCAACACCAAUCCUCUCAUCAACCCCUUCACCCUCCCCCUUCUUUUCCUCCACUGCCUCCCCCUCCCCCUUCUCUUCCUCCUCCACCCCUUCCUCCCUCUUCCCUUACGCCUCCUCCACCCCCUGCUCCCUCUUCUCUUACACUUCCCCUUCCGCCACCACCGCCAUGUUCUUCUUUGACCCCUCCCCCUCUUCCUUCUCUUCCCCCGCCCCCUCUCCCACCACCACCACCACCACCACCUCCUCCUACACAGAGUGUCAGUGCUCUUCAUAUGCCACAGUUGCCUAUGGAUUAUUACAACUUGACGCCACAAGUUGCAUCUGCUCAUAUAAGAAGUCCCCAUACCUAUCAUCAAGCUUCUUUGGACAACCAUUAUCCACCACUUUCAAUUCCACCAAGUUCCUCUUCGACCUCCUUGACACCACUACCUCCUCGACCAUCCUAUGAUUUGCACUUCAGUAAAACAUUUGCAACACCUGGCGUCUCUUCUCAAUUUCAACACAAUCACUUUCCUCCACAGAAUGACUUUGGAUCUCAGGUGCCAGUUAUGUCCUACCGUUCUGAAUUUUGUUCCAAUUCUCAGGUUAGUAGUGAAUUUAUGCACCAAGUUUACCCUUCGAUGCAGGAGCUUCAUCAACCAAAACUUGAAUCUUGUGUGUCAGUCAACCAAAUUACUCCAUUUGGAGUAGCUGGUCUUCUCAGGGAGGAAUCCAUUACUCAUGAUUUAUGUACUUCUUCCGAUCGUGGAAGCUUGUAUCAGAGAUCCUUGCCUUCUCCACAGGAAUUAGUUGUGAAUAGAGUGUUGUCAUAUCCUAGUGACCUUUGUUUAGGCGAACCUUUAAAGUCAACUUCUCAUAUUCAUUCUUUUCCACACAGGCAACAUGGUGCCAGCCAUUUGCAACCUCAUGGGGAUAGUAAAGAGGUCUGUCAAUCUCAGUACCCAUUGAAUCUAUUGGAAAAUAAGAAUUCAUCUGGUGAUCCUGGUUUUGGGGUCUCAAAAAUUUCUGCUCAUUAUAACCCUUAUGCAUCAACUUUUGAUCAGCCAUUGAGCUCCAAAUUCAGCUCUAGCGCUUUUAGUCGCGAUAAGGCUGCACUCCGUGGUAAUCCAUAUGAUGCUUCUAGUUUAGGCAAUGUCAUAGUUGAUGGGAAAGUUGUUGGCAGCUUCGGGUCUAGACAGACAACUUCCUCACCAAGUUCUGCGAGAGCUAGUGGACAGAUUUUGCCUAGGGGUGGUGGCGAACAGUAUGAUCCACUUUUUGAUAGCAUUGAGCCAUCACCUAAAGCUAAAAGAAAAGCUCGUCGAAGGUGGGAGCCAGCAGUAGAUAUUGACUCCACAGAAAAGCACAUUGGCUCCCAAAACCCUUUGCAUUCAAAAGAGAACAACGAACUUGAGGUUGCAGCUGCUGCUUCAACCUCGUCUGUGGAUGAUGAGUUUGGUGAGACAGCUGAUGCAGAGGUGGGUGUUGUGGAGGAUGAGAGUCAUAGUGAUCCAGUUGAUUUUGCUACUACAGGAGAGAUAGAGACUGAGAUGAAAACUUCGGGGAAGAAAAAGAAGAAGGAUUCCAAAUCAUCAAAGCCUUUCAAGAUUGCCAUUGCAGACUUUGUGAAGGAUGUUCUGAAGCCUUCAUGGAGGCAGGGCAAUAUGAGCAAGGAGGCUUUCAAGACCAUUGUGAAGAAGACUGUUGAUAAGGUAUCUGGGGCCAUGAAGGGCCACCAGAUACCCAAGUCUCAGGCAAAGAUAGAUCAUUAUAUCAAUUCAUCACAGCGGAAAUUGACGAAACUUGUAAUGGGUUAUGUUGACAAGUAUGUCAAUGUGUGAGACUAAUGAUCACAAUGAAUCCACCAUGCAAUCUUCGAAGAUUUUGAACAAGUAUGUUGUUUCUUCAUCAUUAGAUAUCUUAUUCUAUGCUGGCGUGCAUAAGAAAUUGAUUUUGUAUCGUCUGAGAUCUUUGAAGCUAGAUGGGAAAUAUAUAACUUGAUAACAUUGUCAAUAUUUUGUAAAGUUUUGUAUGUGCAACUAGGAGAUUUUCAGCACUUGCAAAUGUUCAAUGGCAAAAUAGUUCUGUAGCAUUGCCUGAUUUCCAACUCAGGUUUUUGAACGUGGGUAUCUUUUUUUCGGUUCACUGUUGGGCCAGCUACUUUACAGUUAUAGUAAAUUGUAGCUGCCAUUUUAGUUUAUAGUUCCAUUUAGAGUAAUUUGUGGAGAUAUUCUUAUAUCUUGCAAUUUAAUAUCUAAGUAAAAAUUGAUAGUAAAA